AUGGAACCGUUCGCAUUUGGACGAGGGGCGCCUGCAUUAUGCAUACUAACCGCGGCCGCUCGAAUAAAUCUGGACAAUUUUGUUCCGUGUUGCUGGGCACUUUUCCGUCUGUCUUUCUUUUUCCCGCUUGACCCUGCAUAUAUUAGAAACGAAAACAAAGAAACAAGGACUUCUUGGAUUUCCAUAGAGUUUUUUUUCUUCGUUAAACAUUGCCUCUCUCAACACACGUUUUUCUCGAAGACUCUUGCACCAAAAAGAAACUUUAGGGCGAAGAAGCUAAAAGACAUUGGCGAUACUAGAAUAGAUAGGGCAGAUAAAGAUUUUUUAUUAGUGCCGGAGCCAAGUAUGUUUGUGAACGGUAAUCAAUCUAAUUUCGCUAAGCCCGCUGGUCAAGGUAUUCUGCCCAUUCCUAAAAAAUCUCGAAUUAUUAAGACUGAUAAGCCAAGACCGUUCUUGUGUCCCACAUGCACUAGGGGUUUUGUCAGGCAGGAGCAUUUGAAGAGACAUCAGCAUUCGCAUACCCGUGAGAAACCGUAUCUUUGUAUCUUUUGCGGUAGGUGUUUUGCUCGUAGAGAUUUAGUGCUCAGGCAUCAGCAAAAACUUCAUGCUGCUCUUGUAGGUACGGGGGAUCCACGGCGAAUGACGCCAGCACCAAAUUCGACUUCUUCUUUUGCCUCCAAGCGGCGCCAUUCCGUGGCGGCGGAUGAUCCAACCGACCUUCAUAUCAUUAAAAUAGCCGGAAAUAAAGAGACUAUUCUACCCACCCCGAAGAACCUUGCUGGUAAGACAUCUGAAGAAUUGAAAGAGGCCGUGGUUGCCUUGGCCAAAUCAAAUAAUGUAGAACUUCCCGUCUCGGCCCCAGUAAUGAACGAUAAGCGAGAGAAAACUCCUCCUAGUAAGGCAGGCUCCCUAGGAUUUCGAGAGUUCAAGUUCAGCACGAAAGGCGUGCCAGUUCACUCUGCAUCAAGCGAUGCUGUUAUCGACAGGGCGAACACUCCCUCUUCCAUGCAUAAGACGAAAAGACAUGCGUCUUUCUCUGCAUCCAGUGCAAUGACUUACAUGUCUAGUAGCAAUAGCCCCCACCAUUCAAUUACCAAUUUCGAGCUCGUUGAAGACGCUCCGCAUCAAGUCGGCUUUUCUACUCCACAAAUGACCGCGAAGCAGCUCAUGGAAAGCGUGUCAGAAUUGGAUUUACCUCCGUUAACCCUGGACGAACCACCGCAAGCUAUCAAGUUUAACUUAAAUCUAUUUAACAAUGACCCCUCCGGACAGCAACAACAACAACAACAACAACAGCAAAAUUCCACCUCUAGUACCAUAGUGAACAGCAACAAUGGAAGUACAGUUGCUACACCUGGAGUGUAUCUCUUAAGUAGCGGUCCAUCUUUAACCGAUCUUUUGACAAUGAACUCUGCACAUGCAGGUGCGGGAGGAUACAUGUCUAGCCACCAUUCGCCAUUUGAUUUGGGCUGCUUCAGUCAUGAUAAACCGACAGUUUCUGAAUUUAACCUUCCGUCAAGCUUCCCGAAUACUAUACCGUCUAAUUCUACUACGGCUUCUAAUAGUUACAGUAAUUUGGCAAAUCAAACUUAUAGGCAAAUGAGCAAUGAGCAGCCGCUUAUGUCACUAUCUCCUAAAAACCCACCAACAACUGUUUCAGAUUCCUCUUCCACGAUCAAUUUCAAUCCAGGCACAAAUAAUUUACUGGAACCAUCAAUGGAGCCCAAUGAUAAGGAUAGUAAUAUCGAUCCUGCUGCCAUAGAUGACAAGUGGUUAUCAGAGUUUAUUAACAACUCUGAUCCAAAAUCUACCUUCAAGAUCAACUUCAAUCAUUUCAAUGACAUUGGGUUUAUUUAUUCUCCACCUUCAUCAAGGUCAUCUAUACCAAACAAGUCACCUCCAAACCAUUCUGCUACCUCAUUAAAUCAUGAAAAAGCUUCUUUAUCACCUCGCUUAAACUUGAGUUUGAAUGGAAGCACAGAUUUACCAAGUACACCACAAAACCAACUAAAGGAGCCUUCCUAUUCUGACCCUAUUUCCCAUAGUUCUCAUAAGAGGCGUCGUGAUAGCGUCAUGAUGGACUACGAUCUAUCCAAUUUUUUCAGCUCAAGGCAAUUGGAUAUUUCCAAGGUAUUAAACGGGACAGAGCAAAAUAAUUCUCAUGUGAACGACGAUGUUCUCACUUUGUCUUUCCCCGGCGAAACUGAUUCUAAUGCAACACAGAAACAGCUGCCUGUUCUUACUCCUUCGGAUUUGUUAUCUCCGUUUUCUGUCCCUUCAGUAUCUCAAGUGCUUUUUACCAAUGAGCUAAGGAGUAUGAUGCUAGCCGACAAUAAUAUCGAUUCAGGAGCCUUCCCCACAACUAGUCAAUUGAACGAUUAUGUGACUUACUAUAAGGAAGAAUUCCAUCCAUUUUUUUCAUUUAUUCAUCUUCCUUCUAUCAUACCUAAUAUGGACAGUUAUCCCUUGUUAUUAUCUAUCUCCAUGGUCGGAGCAUUGUAUGGGUUUCAUUCGACGCAUGCAAAAGUGUUAGCUAAUGCAGCUAGCACCCAAAUUAGGAAAAGCUUGAAAGUUAGUGAGAAAAACCCGGAGACGACAGAGUUAUGGGUUAUACAGACAUUAGUAUUGCUAACGUUCUACUGUAUUUUCAAUAAAAAUACAGCCGUGAUCAAGGGGAUGCAUGGUCAGUUGACGACUAUUAUUCGUCUCUUGAAGGCCUCUCGUUUAAAUUUGCCCCUAGAGUCCCUAUGCCAGCCGCCUAUUGAGAGUGAUCAUAUUAUGGAAUAUGAAAACAGUCCUCAUAUGUUUUCAAAAAUAAGAGAGCAAUACAACGCGCCGAAUCAAAUGAACAAAAACUACCAAUAUUUUGUAUUGGCGCAGUCACGUAUCAGGACUUGCCAUGCGGUAUUACUUAUAUCUAACUUAUUUUCUUCACUGGUAGGUGCUGAUUGCUGUUUUCAUUCAGUCGAUUUAAAAUGUGGUGUUCCAUGCUAUAAAGAAGAAUUAUAUCAGUGCCGAAAUUCCGAUGAAUGGUCGGACCUAUUAUGUCAAUACAAAAUAACGUUAGAUUCGAAAUUUUCGUUGAUUGAAUUGUCUAAUGGUAACGAGGCAUAUGAAAAUUGUUUGAGGUUUCUUUCUACAGGCGAUAGUUUUUUUUACGGAAAUGCUAGGGUUUCGUUAAGUACAUGUCUAUCAUUGUUGAUAUCUAUCCAUGAGAAAAUACUUAUUGAAAGAAAUAACGCAAGGAUCAGUAAUAACAACACCAAUAGCAAUAACAUUGAGUUGGACGAUAUUGAGUGGAAGAUGACUUCCAGACAACGGAUCGAUACAAUGUUAAAAUACUGGGAAAACCUUUAUUUGAAAAAUGGUGGCAUCUUGACACCUACCGAGAAUAGCAUGUCAACAAUAAACGCCAAUCCAGCAAUGAGGUUAAUAAUUCCGGUAUAUUUGUUUGCCAAAAUGAGACGGUGUUUGGACCUGGCACAUGUUAUUGAGAAAAUCUGGUUGAAAGAUUGGUCCAAUAUGAAUAAAGCUUUGGAGGAAGUUUGCUAUGACAUGGGUUCAUUGAGGGAAGCUACCGAGUAUGCACUGAAUAUGGUGGAUGCGUGGACUUCAUUUUUUACGUACAUUAAACAGGGCAAGCGCAGAAUUUUCAAUACUCCUGUAUUUGCGACCACAUGUAUGUUCACUGCAGUAUUAGUGAUUUCGGAAUACAUGAAAUGUGUAGAGGAUUGGGCACGCGGGUACAAUGCCAACAACCCUAACUCAGCAUUAUUGGAUUUUUCGGACCGUGUCUUAUGGCUAAAAGCAGAAAGGAUUUUGAGAAGAUUACAAAUGAACUUGAUACCGAAGGAGUGUGAUGUGUUGAAAUCGUACACUGAUUUCUUAAGAUGGCAGGACAAGGAUGCCCUAGAUUUGUCAGCACUAAAUGAAGAACAAGCACAAAGGGCCAUGGACCCGAAUACCGAUAUAAAUGAGACAAUUCAACUAAUUGUAGCGGCAAGUCUAUCCUCCAAAUGUUUAUAUUUGGGUGUUCAAAUAUUGGGUGAUGCGCCAAUUUGGCCUAUAAUAUUAUCGUUCGCUCAUGGUUUGCAAUCAAGAGCUAUCUAUAGUGUUACGAAAAAAAGAAACACUAGAAUAUAA